GACCUCGUAGCCGGCUACGAGGUGGAUAGAUCGAGUGGCGGGGUAUUCUGCAAUUGUGCCGACUUUUGGGUAGACAGUCAUAUUUGAAUGAAUGUAUUUGGUACUUUUUGGUAGGCUACUCACAAAUUUACUCAGACUGGGACCGUCAUGACCCAUAAGCUUGAAUGGGAGUUACGCCAACGUGAGGAAGAAAUCGCUGAGCUCCAGAAGGCCCUGAGUGACAUGCAGGUUUAUCUCUUCCAGGAGAGAGAUCAUGUCUUAAGGCUCUUUGCUGAAAAUGACCGCCUGAAGAUACAAGAACUGGAAGAUAGAAAAAGAAUCCAGCAUCUGUUAUCAUUAUCAAGCCCAUCAGGUCCUGAAGUGACAUACUUCCACAAAGAACCAUCAACGCGGGCAAUUGUCACACAGAAACACCCACAAAAGAGACAUCCACAUGCAGAGGGUGAAAUAUUGGGUUUAAAAGCCGAAGUGCCAAGCAGACCACAGAACAACAGAACACGGAGGAAUGCACAACACAGAGUUACUGCUAAC